AUGCCAAUGUCACCUCCAGCGUCGAUAGCAUUUGCACCCGUGUCGCUGACAGCGUCACAAGCCAUGCAAUUUGAAAACAUGAUGACGCAGCAGGUGCAGGACGCCGUCCUCGCCCGCACUAUGCAGCUCUCGAGCGACAACAAACUCGACUCGGACUGGCGCCACGUCGGUACUCUCGGCCACCUCAAGGCGUUCAAAAUCCGGGGCGUGGACUCCUUCAGCUCCACAUCGUCCUGGGCAACGACGCUCAAGAGGAGCAGUCGAGCAACAGCGUGCACGGUGGACGACCGGAUCAGUACAUCCACAUGUACCUCGACCAGCCAACGAUCUGUCCAAAGUCGCAUGAAAAUGUCGACCGCCACCCACCGUACUGUUGGCGCAACCAUUGGACGCCAUAAUCCGCUUGAUCCGUGCCCACCGCUCCAGUCCUCUCGUAUCUUCGGUCGCGUUCAAGGAAACUACCGCGACAUUGUCGAUGUCCACUAUGCGACUAACUCAGUGGACUUUGUCCAGCGACAGAAACUCCUCUCACCGGGAGUGAUCGAUGGCGCUGUCUUACUCAACAUUCGAUCGACAAGAGAUAAUUACCUGGGCAUCAAAUGGCUCGCUGAAAACACGUUUGCAGGCAAGCGCGAUGUUUGCUUUGUCGAGAUGACGGGGUACACGACCGAUACCGAUGGACAGGAAAUCGGCUUUGUCGCACUAGCCUCAGUGGACGUACCGGAGUGCCCCGAGCUCACAGGAUCGAUGAAGCUAACGCGUGUGCGGAUGAAGCGCACGACGCUGAUCACACCUGCAGAAGAUGAACCAAAGACAACCUCGGAGGUUUUCGUCAUGGGUGCUAUUGAGGCGAAUGAAUCGGCGCUUGUUGCUCUCGCUCAGUACCGACUCAAGAUGGCUGUCCUCAACGACAUUUCGCUGGUAAUCGAUUCGCAGAACAUUGCCAAGCAAAAGUUAGCUCCCCACAAGAAUUGGGUUCCGGAUGAAUGCCGUCCUUCCUGCAGCAUCUGCAGUCGUAAAUUCCAUUUCGUGAAUCGACGACGACACCACUGCCGAUUGUGUGGCGAUAUCGUAUGCAAGACUUGCUACGUCGUUCGAGCCGUGCCAGGCAUCGUUGAUCCGGUGGAGGGAUACAGCAGCGAUCCAGUCAUCUGUCGAACAAAGUUCUGCGUACGCUGCGUCGUCAGUCUCCGCGUAAUGGACAAACAGCUCGACAGGUUCUCACGGCGCAUUUCCAGGACGCUCAAUGCGGACACAGUGAACAUGUCGGACAGCAGUUUUGUAAGCCAGUCACCUGCGUCAGGCAUGCGUGACUCUUCCAUAACAUAUUUCAAGCGCGGUACAAACGCAAAGCAUAUCUUGGAUCUGGGUCAGCUCUUCCAGAUCUCAGCCUCGCUCGAUAUCGAUCCUAGGAUGGACAACGAUGAUGAAAUCGAUGACAUCAACGCUUGGGUCAGGUCAAUGGAUUCGCAACAGUCCAGAAGUGACUAUGAGAUUUUCGUCUGA